AUGAUAGGUGAGCGUGAUCCCCGUCUCGAUCAGGUUUGGGAGGCACUUAGGUGGUUGCCUCCACCCCAGUUCACCGCGAAUGCUCUCAAUGCCACUUCAUCUCAAAACGGCGUGCCUUCAGGACAACCUAACUCCUCUUGUGGCACAAAAACAUCAGCGUUUUCUCAUGCGUCCGGUACUGAUACCGAUCAAGCAUCAGCUGGCCAGAUUUCGGGCCAUCUUAGCUUUGUAGAAUGGUCACGUCUCAACCCCGCAGACGCCGAUCUGUUUGGCCUGCUCGUCAAGGCUGUCGGGCUGUGGGCACGUGCUCACGAUCCCAGCUCCGUUGUCCGGCAGUCUUUUUUGUUAGGAGCAACUGCAGCUGCCAGUCGUGAUAUCACUAUGCAGUAUACACAUGAUCUGUUGCACAAAGCUGGCUAUGAUAUUCGGCGAGCCGUGCAUCUCCUUUUGCCGAGUAGGCCGAUUAUCCCUUAUACUACUUACAAUGAAUCAGUUGUGAUCUUUUUUAUUUAA